AACAAAACAAAAGAAAUUGGGAACACCAGAAACUCCCAACUUCUACCUCUAAAGUAUUUUCUGAACCCUAUAUUCAGUUGUAAAUCAUUCACCUAAAUAUUCAAAUAAAAUGGGAGAUUAUAUCAACUCAAAUCAGCAGGAAUUCUAUUGGCAACAUCAAGAGCCAGUGAGUCAAAGUUAUUAUGCAGAUGAGUAUAACCAAUUUGCAAAUCAGCAAUUAGAGUUCAACACAACCAAUGAUUUCAACAAUGAUCAGGCAUUUCCAAAAUAUCCUCCUCAGAUGCUUAUACCUGAACAAUAUGAUAUGCACAAAACAACUAAUGAAUUUGACGAGCCCCCUUUGUUAGAAGAGUUGGAAAUCUUUCCAGACCGCAUUUUGGAGAAAGUAUUAGCAGUUUUGAAUCCUUUAAGAGGACAUAGUCUGGCUGAUGAUGCUGAAUAUCUCACCAAAGAAUCUGAUUUGGCAGGACCCAUAGCUUUCUGUCUAUUGUUGGCAGCUACAUUAUUUUUAGCUGGAAAGAAUGCCCAUUUUGGAUAUAUUUAUGGAAUAUCCAUGAUUUCAACCAUUCUCAUGUAUGUCCUACUAUCUUUGAUGACUUCAAACAGUGACACUUUCACACUGAGUACUGUAGGAAGUAUACUGGGUUAUUGUUUAAUGCCAAUUGUGGUUCUCUCUUCUUUGGGUGUGUUUUUUAAACUUAGUGGCCCACUGGGACUAGCUCUUGCUAUUUUAGUGGUAGUUUGGUCUAGCAUAUCAGCCUCUAGACUUUUUGUUGCUGUUUCUGGUGAUAAACAACAACAACCAUUAAUAGCUUACCCUUGUAUGCUUGUAUAUGGGGUGUUUACAUUGUUGAUAGUUUUUUAAUAAAAGUACCAAUAAAGUUAAGCAUUAUAAGUU